UUUACGUGCGUGAUUACAUUCGAAACUUUUUUUCGUAUACAUUUUAAAUGAAUUUUGAAUUAUUGUCUGAAAGAAAAAUUUUGGUAUCGGUAAAAUGGCCACAUCCUUAUCAUCGACAUACACUACGGUUACGAAACCUAAAUGGACAUCAUCAUUAUUUGCCACUUAUUCAUCGACAACAAGUAGUUGUCCAUCAUCAUCGCCAUCAUCGGUGACAUCAUCACCAAAUUCCGAUCCAGCACCGUCGGAUUAUUUAUCCUCAUUCUUGAACUAUAAACGUUCUCAUAAUCAUCAUUCAUCAUCAUCGAUGUCAUCGUUGACGAAUGAACAUUUUUCAUCAAAAGCAAAUACGAUAACAUCCACAAUUGUUAGUAAUAAUGGUCCCGGCAUCAUCAAAAGUCACGCGACUCGUUCCAACAGAUCCAAUCAUCCAAAAAUAACUGAGCACGAAUUUGUCGCCCAUGGAUCCGCUGUCACAUGUUUGGCUUUAGGACAAAAAUCUGGCCGUGUUAUGGUUACCGGUGGUGAUGAUGCCAAAAUAAAUUUAUGGGCCAUUGGUAAACCAAAUUGUAUUAUGAGCUUAAAUGGCCAUCGAACAUCGAUCGAAUGCGCCAAAUUUAAUCAAAAUGAAGAUAUUGUUGGAGCUGGUUCAGCAUCUGGUGCCAUUAAACUUUGGGAUCUUGAAGCAGCCAAAUUGAUACAAACAUUAACUGGUCACAAGACUAAUGUACGUUGUCUUGAUUUUCAUCCUUAUGGUCAUUUUCUUGCUUCUGGAUCAUUCGAUACUAGUAUUAAAUUAUGGGACUACCGGAAAAAGACUUGUAUUAUUACAUAUAAGAUACAUUCAAAAGAUGUACACUGUCUGAAACUUAGCCCGGAUGGCCGAUGGCUUGCAUCCGGCGGCAAUGAAGGGUCUGUGAUGUUAUAUGAUAUUGUUGCCGGAAAAAUGCUUGCCGAAUUAAAAGGUCAUUCAUCAUCCGUAACCGAUGUGGUAUUCCAUCCGAACGAAUUUCUAUUGGCCAGUUCAAGUUCAGAUGGUACGAUAAAAUUUUGGGAUUUAGAAAGUUUUCUUCAAGUAUCGACGACUACCUAUCAAUCUGAUAUUGGAGCCAUUAGAAAGAUUGCUUUCCAUCCUGAAGGCAAAGCAUUGAUUGCAAGUGGUAAAGAUGUAAUGAAAGUAUUCGGAUGGGAGCCAACACAUCUUUAUGAUGUAGCACAUACUUAUUGGGGUCGAUUAAAUGACAUGGCCAUUAUGGAUGAACAAAUUGUUGCCGGAACAUUUUCAACGACAAACGUUUCCGUGUAUAUGGUCGAUUUGAAUGCCAUACAGCCAUUUAAUUAUAAUGCAAACAAAUCUCAACUUUGUUCACGUGACAACGUUCUACGGCAAAGUACACGAAGAAGUUUCAAUUUCGAACAUACAAGCAAAACUUGCAAACAACUAGAGUCCUUGGAAUCAAGUAGAACGGAUGAUAUGGAUACAAUGAAUGGAUCGGAUGGCAUUGAUUCAUUGGCAGAAAUUUACAAUACCUGUGAUUAUAAAGAAAUAUUUCAAUCGCGGAGAGAAUUAAUGCGCACACCUCCACCAUUAGAUAAUAAUAUAUCCAAUGAUCAAAACUUACAUAGCCUUCAACUCGACCAGACAAGUCUUUCCACAUCUUCGACUGGUUUUACGGUCGGCCAAAAACCAUCGCUCAAAUCCAAUCUAAUGCAUAUGGCCAGAGGAACAACAUCAAUAUCGACACCAUUGCAUUCAGUUCGCCAUCUAUCCGAAUCGCUUAACAAUUUGAAUUUAAAUCAUCGAAAUAAUAAUAUCCUACCUAGUACUCCAUUGUCUCCGAUUAUCGCAAACAAAAGUAAUGAUCAUUCAACUUCGGCCAUAAAAGAUUCGAAUGUAGCCAAUAAUAAUCACAUUUUACCGCAUUCUACAUCGUUAACGGGUCUCAAUCAAUUGAAAAAUGCUAACGGUGAUGGCCAUCAUGUAACAACACUUCCCAAUAUUUCGAAUAUAAGUCAUAAUAAAAUGAUACACACACCAUCAUCAAGUUCGUCAUCAAUGACAAUGGCAUCCAAUCCAAUAUAUUCAUCCCUGUAUACAAACGCAUCUAAUAAUAAUACCACCUUGUCCCCAAUGAGUCAUCAUUCACUAAUUUCACCCUCUGUUUAUGGCAAUUCAACAACAUCAUCAAUGACAACAUCCACAACCAUAACAACUACGACCAAUAAAUUGUCAUCAUCAACGAAAUUGAAUGAAAAAUCAAAUGGCAAUAAUAACAAUACAUCCAUUAUAGCCACAACAUUGACUCCAAAUAAAAUCACAUCCAUGGUUCGUCCAAUCAUAAACGAUUCAAAUCGACCUUCCAUCACUGGCAGCUAUCCGAUUCAUCAACAAAAACCUUCCAUCUCCAUGAAUGUGGAUGACCAUGUAAUGACCUGCGUCAAAUCAUCUUCGUCUAUUGUUCAGAUAUCCCCAUCAUUAAAGAAUAGCAAUAUAGACGUGACAACAAAUGAUUCUACUAUGAUCAUACCGGAGAUAAGUGAUCAUCCAGCCGGUCUGGAUUUUAACGAUUUUCUACCGAAACACAUACAACAGUAUGGCUGUGAUCAACAGCCUUUUAUUUCAGAAGUCGAAACUAUUAAUACGAUAAUGAAAGGACAUAAAGCAGCAAAAGCUGGUUUAGAUUACCGAAGAAAACAGGUACAGAUUGUAUUGGCAAUGUGGGCGACAAAAGAUUCAAAAACAGCAUUGGAAUAUGCCAUCAAUUUGGAUGAAAAAUCAAUUAUUAUCGAUAUAUUGAAUGUUAUGAUUUGGAAACCAUCUGUCUGGAAUUUGGAUAUUGCUUUGAUUUUAUUGCCAUGCAUACAGGAAUUACUUCAAAGUAAAUAUGAAAGUUACAUGUCAGUCGGAUGCAGUGCAUUGGCUUUGAUAUUGAAAACAUUUUCGCCUACAAUCAAGAAUAACAUAUCGGCUCCACCAGGUAUCGGUGUGGAUAUCUCUCGCGAAGAAAGAUAUAACAAAUGUAUGAAAUGUUACAAUUAUCUUCUAUCAGCACGAGCAUUCGUAUUAAAACGACAAACAUUACAGGGAAAAAUUGGCCGAUCAUUUCGUGAGCUAUCGAUUUUGAUGCAAAAUCUUGAAUAAAAAAAAAUAUUUUGUAUGUAAAUGAUUGACAUACUCAUAAACAACCACCGAUCUCCUCACAAAUUCAUCCAUCAUAUACUCUUUUCAAUACCAAUUCCGAAAACCGAAUUAAUAUUUGCGUUUGAUUUUAAUCACCUUUAACCCGAUCUUUUCUGUCUGGACAAAAAAUAAAUAUAUCAUCAUUUGUGAUAAAAAAAUAUUGUAAUAAACAAAAAAAUU